AUGAGCAAAACAAAACAGUAUGAAGUAACCCUUCUGGCCAAGGGAAUUAUUUCAGAAGAUUUACACUAUGGAAUACAUGCACGAAAUUGGUGGGAACCAUGCAAAUUUGCUCAAACCAACUUUAAUCCAAUACCUUACCGACUAUUUAUGUCUGUUAAUUGUUGUCUUAACAGUAAAAAUUUUGCAAUAACAAUUCUUAAUGAUGAGCAAACACAAAAUCCAUGUUUCCGUUGUGUUUGUGAUGGUAAAGAUUCUGGAAUUCAAGCGUCAGCGAAUGCAGCUAUUAAUAACAUGUACAUACAAAUUUUUGGUAAUAAAACAACAAAGUAUUCAGGAUUAAUUGUUAUGGGAUUUGAUAAUGAAGCAAUUGUUCGUGAGUUAGUAGCUGAUGUUUCAUUUGUUCCAAUAUUUAUUCGUUUAGAUAAAAUAAUAAUUGUGGUUAGUAAAAUUGGUGAUUCAUCUCGUGAAGGAUAUUAUGGUGCCAGUCCAGGAUAUUUUUCUACACUUAUAACAAAAUAUGCAGGCAAACAAUCACUUUUUGUACAAUCCAUAGAAGAUGAAUGUAGUUUAGACAUUUAUAAUGAAGGUGUUAAAUUAUACCAUAAUAAGAAUACUACACCUAAUAAAAUUUGGGAAACUAUUGAUAUUCACAAAAAAUAUGAUGGAGUGGCUUUAUUCGGAAUUACUGAUCCAUAUAUUCAACAAAAAUUGGAAGAACUGAAUAAAUUAGAAAAAAGUAAAUUAGAAAAGAGUAAAAAUUUAAUCACUUGUACAAGUGAUAAUUGGGAAAAUAUUGAUAUAUUGAAUCUUAUAUUUGAGCAAAAUAUAAAAAAAAGUAAAAUUGCUACUAGUACAUUUUAAGAUUGGUCAAACUUAUUUACAAAUUGGUAUAAACAAAC